AUGAAUGCUAUAGCUACUGCUUCUGCUUUAUCUCUUCCAAUCUUUUGUAGAACGUCCAAGCUUGACUCCAAAAGGGGUUUGAAAGGUAAAUUUAGAGUGUUUGCUGUGUUCGGAGAAGCAGACAAAAAAAGUACAUGGGGCGCAAUCUUUGAUGUAGAGGAUCCAAGGUCUAGAGUACCACAAAGUAAAGGGAAAAUUUUGGAUGUAUAUCAAGCUUUAGAAGUGGCUAGGCAGGAUAUUCACUACUGUGAUUGGCGAGCUCGGCAAGACGUGCUUACCAUCAUGCUCCUCCACGAAAAGGUGGUUGAAGUUCUUAACCCUCUAGCUCGUGAAUUCAAAUCGAUUGACACCAUGAAAAAGGAUCUAGCUGGGUUGCAGGAUGAGUUAGCAGAUGCACACAGACAGGUUCAUAUAUCCGAAGCAAGAGUUUCCACUGCUUUAGAUAAACUAGCUUACAUGGAAGAAUUGGUAAGUGAUAGGCUAUUGCAAGUGCAAGUGCAAGAACGAAGCACGGAUGAAGUUGCUGAGACAUCCUCUUCUCCGAGUACUUCUGCAAAAUCCGUACAUACGGAAAGAAGAAGGAAGCCGAAGAAAAGCUUAAAUGUUUCAGGUCCUGUUCAGUCAUACCAUCCUAAUUUAAAGAAUUUCUGGUAUCCUGUUGCAUUCUCUAAUGACUUAAAGGAUGAUACUAUGGUUCCAAUGGAAUGCUUUGAGGAACCAUGGGUUAUCUUUAGGGGCAAAGAUGGCAAACCUGGAUGUGUCCAGAAUACAUGUGCACACAGAGCAUGUCCCUUGCACCUCGGUUCAGUAAACGAGGGUCGUAUCCAAUGCCCUUACCAUGGCUGGGAAUAUUCGACUGACGGAAAAUGCGAGAAAAUGCCAUCAACUAAAAUGCUAAAUGUUAAGAUAAAGUCAAUUCCAUGCUUUGAGAAAGAAGGGAUGAUCUGGAUUUGGCCCGGCAAUGAUCCCCCAACGGUCUCACUUCCGUCUUUACUACCUCCUUCCGGGUUCGUAAUCCAUGCCGAGAUUGUCAUGGAACUUCCGGUUGAACAUGGUUUACUUUUGGACAACCUCUUGGAUCUUGCGCACGCCCCUUUUACUCAUACUUCAACAUUUGCUAAGGGAUGGAGUGUACCAAGCUUUGUGAAUUUUUUGACACCUGCGUCUGGCCUGCAAGGAUAUUGGGAUCCCUAUCCCAUCGAUAUGGAGUUUCGACCGCCUUGUAUGGUUCUAUCAACCAUUGGAAUUUCAAAACCCGGUAAACUGGAAGGACAAAGCACCAAGGAAUGCGCAACACACCUUCACCAACUUCAUGUCUGCUUACCUUCUUCAAAAAAUAAAACAAGAUUACUAUAUAGAAUGUCGCUCGAUUUCGCUCCACUCCUUAAGCAUGUACCCUUUAUGGAACAUCUAUGGAGGCAUUUUGCAGAACAGGUGCUAAACGAGGAUCUACGGCUCGUAUUGGGGCAACAGGAUAGAAUGAAUAAUGGUGCAAAUGUAUGGAAUGUGCCAGUUACCUAUGACAAGCUUGGAGUAAGGUACAGGCUUUGGAGGGAUGCAUUGGAAAAAGGAGAAAAGCAACUACCUUUCAACACGUAUAAUACUUAA